AAAUAACGUUCUGAGGCUUGCAGUCGUUGCUGGCCAGCGCUUGUGUAGAAAGAUCGCUCUUCACACCAGAUAUCACUUUUGAUCCUUCCAGCUCCAGGGUCUCGGGCUUCAGCUUUGUGCCGAGGCACCAACACUGCUACGGUCCUCUCUCCGACUGAUCGCUGAUCUCACCCUUCCCCCUCCUGUCUCCUGGAACUAUGUCUCUGGUAAGCCAGAAUGCACGCCGCUGUAACGCAGAGAUCACUGCAGAUUACAGCGACGGCAGAGGUGAAAUACAAGCUACUAAUGCCUCCGAGCCCCCCACCCCCAUGCUAGUCGUUGAUGUCCCCCAGUGCCCUCAGGCACCAAUCGACCCUCAGUGUGUCAACACUUGCCAGGCCGUUCAGGACACGAAUGACCUGGAAGUCCUGAUCGACGAGCAGUCCAGACGUUUGGGGGCGCUCAGGGUCCACGACCCUCUAGAAGACAGGUCGAUUGCUUUGGUGAAUUUCAUGAGAAUGAAAAGCCAGAAGGAGGGGUCUAUUCAGCAGUCCGAGAUGCUGGAGUUUCUCAGAGAGUACUCAGAUCAGUUCCCUGAGAUCCUCAGACGAGCCUCAGCUCACCUGGACCGGGUCUUUGGGUUGAAUCUGAGAGUUAUUGAUCCACAGGCUGACACAUACAAUUUAGUCAGCAAACGGGGUUCCCAGAUCACCGAUAGGAUAGUGGAGUCCUUGGAUAUGCCAAAAGCAAGUCUCCUGGCCCUAGUCCUAGGCCACAUCCUCUUGAAUGGGAACCGAGCAAGAGAGGCAUCCAUUUGGGACCUGCUGCUAAAAGUUGAUAUGUGGGAUAAGCCUCAGAGGAUCAAUAACCUCUUUGGGAACACAAGGAACCUCCUCACCACUGACUUUGUGCGCAUGCGAUUCUUGGAGUACUGGCCGGUGUAUGGCACUAAUCCCCUUGAAUUUGAGUUCUUGUGGGGCUCUAGAGCCCAUAGUGAAAUCACAAAGAUGGAAGCCCUGAAGUUUGUGUCAGAUGCCCAUGAUGAAGAACCCCAGAGCUGGCCAGAAGAAUAUAACAAGGCCCUGGAAGCUGACAAAAUCAAAGAAAGAAGCCUGACUGCUGGCUUAGAGUUCUGGUCGGAGGACACUAUGAAUGAUAAGGCAAAUGAUUUGGUCCAGUUGGCUAUUAGUGUCUCUGAGGAGUUGCUGCCUAUACAUCAGGAUGAGCUAUUGGCUCACACUGGCAAAGAAUUUGAGGAUGUGUUCCCAAAUAUCCUCAAUAGAGCUACUCUAAUUCUUGAUAUGUUCUAUGGGUUGUCUCUGAUUGAGGUUGAUACCAGUGAGCACAUCUACCUCCUUGUCCAGCAACCAGAAUCAGAGGAAGAGCAAGUGAUGCUAGAGAGCCUGGGGAGACCCACUCAAGAAUAUGUAAUGCCAAUCCUAGGUUUGAUAUUCUUGAUGGGCAACCGUGUCAAAGAGGCCAAUGUCUGGAACUUGCUUCGAAGAUUUAGUGUGGAUGUAGGGAGAAAGCAUGCCAUCACCUGUAAGCUUAUGAGACAGCGCUAUCUGGAAUGCAGGCCACUGUCCUACUCUAACCCAGUUGAAUAUGAGCUUCUAUGGGGUCCUCGAGCUCACCAUGAAACCACCAAAAUGAAAGUCUUGGAGUACAUGGCCAGGCUCUACAGAAAGCGACCACAGGACUGGCCAGAACAAUAUAGGGAGGCUGUGGAAGAUGAGGAGGCCAGAGCCAAAUCUGAGGCAACUACCAUGUUCUUCCUUGGUCCCAUGUGAAGUCUAAGGAAUAUGUAUCACUUCAGCUGAGUGGCAUCCAUUAAAGAUGCCUUGGUAAAAUUGGC